AUGGAGAAGAAGAAGCAGAAGGGCACAAAGAAAAAACCAGCAAUGAUAAUUGACUAUAAUCAGUCAAAGUCUUUUAUAGAUAUUUCUGGCCAAAUGAAAUUGUACUCGCAUUGUCUAAGGCGGGGUGUGAAAUGGUACAGGAAGCUUGCAGUUGAAUUGUUGAAAGGUUCAGCACUGGUAAAUGCUCAUGUGAUUUACCGAUACAUGAAUAACAAGAAGAUCUCAAUAACAAAAUUCAAAGAGGAAGUGAGUUUGAGACUACUCCAUACAGAAGAUGUUGAUGAGCCUGACACAUCUCUUGCCAAAGCCACCAUGUUACCUGCAGAUUGUGCACUUGUGAACAUGGGAGCAGCCAGACAUAGGUGUACAGUGUGCUACGAAAAAAUGAAGAAUGAAUUUGGAUGA